AUGGGGGGAUUUGCGUUCCUGCCUAGGCCGUCGGCUAAGUACUAUAGGGAGCUGGCGGCGAGGGUGGGGAGUUUAAUCAGUGAGGAGGAGAUGGGAGAGUAUGAGGAGUUGGGGAUUCUCGUGGAUGUGGAUGCUGGGGGAGUGCUGCUUCAGAUCUUCACUGCUCCAAUCGGGGACAGGCCCACAGUCUUCAUUGAGAUUCUUCAGCGGCUGGGAGUGACAAAGGGCCUCAAAGCCGUCCCCAUGCAGCAGUUUCCUCGUGGGGGGUGCGGAGGGUUCGGCACUGGCAACCUGCUGGAGCUCUUUCGAUCAUUAGACACGGUUCAGACACCAACCAAGGGGUACCCAUGA